AUUGAAUCCCAUCCCCCAAUCCCAAUCCUGCCAAAUCCCAACUCCAAACUCCACACUCUUUAUCAUCGACACACUCUGGCGAUUUGCGAAACCUCCCUAAUUUAUUUUUCCGUUUCGACACCGCUCGCUGGCGUAAUCUACUCUUUGUCCGAUCCCGCAAAAAGGAGCGGAGAGAAGAAAAAAAAGAAUUAUCAACGCUUCGAGGAAUAAAGAAAAAAUUAUACUCGUCUCCUCUUUUUUUUAUUCUUUUUUUUUUAUACAAUCUCCUCUAUUCAAAUCUUUUCCCAUGCGUACCUGACAGCGGAUAAUCAACCCUAAUCGACACGCAUAACCUAGGCACACAAUGGCAAUGCUAGCUUCGAAGUCGUCUUUUCCGGCUUCGCUGGCCUCCACGAAUGCCACCUUAGUCUCUAGUGCCCAGCCGUCCAGUAUGGCUCCCACGAGAAGAGCACCGGCCGUCCAUGCUACCGGCCAGGCUUUUGCUAGCCCUACCGAGUCUGAAUUCUCCGACGUCGACGGCCCUGACGCCGUUAAGAAUUGGUCCGAGGACCAAGUAUGCGACUACCUGAGGAGCGUUAAGUGCGGCGAGUAUGAAAAGUUAUUCAGGAAGAAUAACGUCAAUGGCGAGAAUUUAUUAGAGAUGGACAAGGAGGUUCUCAAAGAGAUGGGCAUCGAGAAGGUUGGCGAUCGAGUUCGACUAUUCCUCGGCAUUAAGAAACUCAGGACGAAGGCGUACGCGAAUCAAAAGAGGCGCAAUCGGGAUUCUUUUGGAGGAUUAGAUUCUCAAUAUACUCCCUCCUCGACAGGAUCACCGCGUGCCUUUAACUCUGGUGGCCGGGGCCAUGGCUCGGCAAACAAAAGAUACUCUCGACAGAUUGACAUGUCGAGUCUGGCGAUGAGCUCCAUGUCCGAGAUGGGGAGGCCUGCGUCCCGACCUACUUCCCCUUUGCCCAAUUCCGAGGCCCGAGCUGUUAGACAGCAGCGGUAUCAACAGGCUCAGCCGUAUAUGGUCAAUACGACACCUAACUCGAGCGCACGAGGACCUGGAUCGCCAACUAUGACUGGCCGCCUGGUAAUUAAUCACACGAGAAAUGCCUCGAGUCUGGAUGGUUCGCUGAUGGCUGCUUUACCACAGGGCCAAGAUGUCAUCCGCGUCAUAUCUACGGGCGGCGUUACGAAAGUUGUCAAGAUCGCGGACUGCAGCAACUGCGAAGAGGUUAUGCGAGUGACAUUACGAAAAUUUGCCUUGCGGGAGGACCAUGAUCGCAAUUAUUGUUUCUGGGUAUUAGCUGGUGUAGACCCCGAUCCUAAGCAAUCUCGGCGUCUCGGCGAUACCGAACUAUGGCGCAUCAUCAAGGAUCAGAAGCGGCCGGAGAGAAAUCGUCUAAUCCUUAGGAGGGUACCUUCUGGAGAGCCUGGUGAAGCUGAAUUGCAACGAGCCGCCUCCAUCGCCAUGGAAGAAGCCCAACAGUCGCAUGCACGCGCCUUGGAGAAUGUGCAAGACAAGAGAAGCCAGCUCAAGGUCCAGAAGUUAUUAGGCGAAAGUUGGAACGAGGGACUUCAGCAGCCGCUGUCACCGAUAUCUUUCCAGGAUAGGGAGAGAAAUCUUCAUAAUGCCGCCCGGGAUCUGGAACGGCCUGCCUCUAAUGAAGCCAAGUCACCCUUUCCAAGGCGUAAGGGACUUCUCAGACAAUUUGGUGGCUUGAGACCGCCUAGCGAGUUGAUUGCUUCCGAUCUCACUUCCUACUUCCCCGAUCAUCCUCGAGAAGAUAUCGAUCGGACCGCGCGGUUAUCUAUGCGCAGGUCCACUCGCUUGAGCAAGGUGAAUAGCCGUCUUAGUGUUGCUAGCAAUCUCAGCUUCGCGUCGAGCAUCCAAGAUGCGCCGCCCAUCCCAACCAUCGCGGAUUCGUGGUUAAGCGGUGGCCAACUUGCCAAAGUCAGGGCUCGUGAGAUACAGGGCCGAAUGCCGCAUGGAUUCCGCGACUCCGUAGCUUCGUCUGUUUUAGAUACCCUUCAGGAGGAGUCGCCUAUCGAGCCCAACCGCAAGUCUUAUGUCUCGUUCGCAGACAGUAGCUCCGAUAGUAAUCCCAUUAGCAUCACUGACCCUGAAGGACACGCCCGCCAGAGCUACUUCGACGAAACUAGCACCCAGGGCUCAGGUUCCCUGAAAGAAAUCACGCAAGCUCUGAGCGAGGAUGGCGAGGAUGCUGACGAAGAGCUCCAAAGUUUCCUAGCCGGGGAAUCAUGGGACGACAAUAAAUGGAUGAAGGGUGCAUUGAUCGGCCAGGGAUCGUUUGGUAGCGUGUACUUGGCUCUGCAUGCUGUGACUGGUGAACUUCUUGCCGUCAAGCAGGUCGAGGCGCCGUCGCCCGGUGCCAACAGCGCCACGGACGCGCGAAAGAAGAGCAUGAUCGAGGCUCUAAAACGAGAGAUUGGUUUGCUGCGAGAUCUUCGGCACGCAAAUAUUGUUCAAUAUCUCGGAUGCAGCUCGUCGGCGGAACACCUGAACAUUUUCCUCGAGUACGUUCCUGGUGGCUCCGUUCAGACGAUGCUCAAUUCGUAUGGCGCACUGCCCGAACCUCUGGUCCGCAGCUUUGUGAGGCAGAUUUUGAAUGGACUCUCAUACCUACACAACCGAGACAUCAUCCACCGCGAUAUCAAGGGCGCCAAUAUCCUCGUAGACAACAAGGGUACAAUCAAGAUAUCCGAUUUUGGAAUCAGCAAGAAGCUCGAAGCUUCUAACAUCCUCAGCGGUGCCAACAACAACAAGCAUAGACCUUCACUUCAAGGUUCGGUGUUUUGGAUGGCUCCCGAGGUGGUCAAGCAGACCUCAUACACCCGCAAGGCUGAUAUCUGGUCUCUCGGCUGUUUAGUUGUCGAGAUGAUGACAGGUACACACCCUUUCCCUGAUUGCAGUCAGUUGCAAGCCAUCUUCAAGAUUGGUGGUGGGAAAGCUGCGCCUACUAUUCCGGAGAGCGCCAGCACCGAGGCGCAGACAUUCUUGAGCCAGACCUUCGAGAUAGACCAUAAUCUGCGACCAAGCGCGGAUGAGCUUAUGCUCAGCCCAUUCUUAGCUCCUAUUACCUAGGCGGAAGGAGAAGAUGGUUUUAUGCUUUCUCUCCUGCUAUUUUUUCGAUACCCCUUUGCAACAACCGAUCCGGGUUUGCCGACAUUCGAACUAGGAAUAAUUUGAAUGGCGUAUACUUGCGGUUGGCUUUGUUGUCAAUCUUUUUCUCAAACGAAGUCGUACUCCUGAACGAUAAUUGAUUAUAUGCGAUCGACGUUGAUCACACUUUUAUUAUAAGUGACUACUAUUUGUAGUGUCACCAAUCUCCUUUAUAGGACGACAUGCUGCGGCCAUGGCCAAUAUGUCAAACUUCUGGUUCCAGGAACGAGUUUACGGAAAUUUCUAUUUGGCGGGUAGUGAUAAGAGGCUGUUGGCAGCCUUCGCAUGAGUAGAAAUGGGGGUUUAUAACGAUGCAUUGGCGAGGCGAAAGGGGUAAUGGGUAAUAUGGGCUGGCUUCUACAUUCGGGCUUGUUAUUUUCGGUUUUACGAUCGGCAUUUUGAAGCACAGCUGCAAUGAAUUCAAGGUGCCGAAUACAUGAAUGAGAAGCAAAUGAACUGGAACGAUUACUUAUAGCACUUCCCUAUUUUGCGGACGUAAGCACUUGUAAUUAUAUAUAUCACCUAGGUUAACACGGUGGACAUGGGAAAAUAGAGAAGUAAAAUAUAAUCA